AUGGGGCUCUCCAAAUUAUUGGAAGAGCCUCCCUUCCUCUCUUUCAAAGAACUUAAAAACGCAGGAGUUCGACGUGUCAUUUACACUCCCGCCGCCGAGCGACUCUAUUGGGAGUUCGAUGGUGUCUUCCCUACCUCUACCGCCAUUUCCGUCAUGAAGAACGAGAAGGGUGCAAAAGACGAUUUGGAACCAUUCUUCAAUCCAGACACUGGCACGUGGCACGAGAUCUCGCAGCUGCCCCUCACCGAACCAAAGACCUCGUCUUUUGAGGUUUCGGUUUUGACCUCGAAGGACGACGAUGGGAACGCGAUUGGGACGAGUGGCAUAAAUAUCAUCAAGAUAGCCAAAGAUAUGAGUCCACGGAGGACUCGGGCGCGGAGGUUCUCAUCAAGUGCUGUGGAGAGGAUAGACCGUUUCGGAAGCCACUACCUGUAG